UCUGUCGGUCUGUUUGUCUGUCUCUCUGUCUUUAAGGAAAUAAAAGUUAUUUGUUGGCGUCUGUUCCCGUGACUGUCUGUAGUGUUGUGGGGAAUUGUCACCGAAACCGCCACAGUAAUCCUAUAGGCUACAUGUGUAUAAGUAUAAGGCCUACGUACGUCAUUUAGGUCUAUUAUAUAAUGUGGUGAUGCAAUAACAAAGGAAAGACGCUUGCUUAUACCACCUGAUGGCAACACGCCGGAAAAAGUAAAGUAGAGUAUAGGCUACAAUGUGAGAUGUUUCCAAUGGGCUUUUUUUCAACGGAAAAGAAAUGCUGAAACAAAGAGAGAAGCCUACAGGUAGUAGGCCUACAAGCUGCACACAUCCACAACAAGUAGAAGUGGAGCUUUUAAAUGCUCAAAAGAGACAAACUUUUCUCUGCCAGAAUUGGUCUCAUCGACCACAGCAGAAGUCAUAAGUCAUCUUGACCUUUAAUUCUUCUAAUUCUCUCUAUUUCAAAGAGUUUUAGGACACCCCACGCCCUCACAUUGAAAACUGAAAUAGCGAGAUAUUUUUAAGACGAGGAAAGGUUCAGGAACAGUUACUCUUGACUCCCAACGAGUUUUCCUUUCCGUGACAGACCGCGCAAUCCAAACAAACCACUGAUUUCACUGAACAGCCUGACAAGAAUGCCUUAAACCCGACGUAUUGUUUAUUUUUAUUCGACAAGGCGAAGAGUUUGCCGAUAUAAGCUGUGUUCUGCUCAAGUUGUGAGGACAGAAAUAUCUAUGGAUGACGAAGACGUAAAAGAAUUGAAUCGUUAUCAGAAAGACAAGAAAAAAGCAGAAGCUCGUGGCAAAUUGGGAAAUGUUGCAGAACUCUGUAACUGUAUUGGGGAACUGUACUCCAAGUAUGGGAAGUAUGAGGAGGCCAUACAGGAGCACGAGCAAGAACGUCACCUGUGCCAGGCAAUCGGUGACAGGAUCGGGGAAGCAGUCGCUUGUCGCAAGAUUGGGGAGUGCCACUGUUCCCUAGGGGCUUAUGCAGAGGCCUUGUUCCUCCAAAAGAGACAUCUCACACUUGCCAGAGAAUGCCAGAAUCACUUGGAGGAGCAGCGAGCCUGGGCCACUAUUGGCCGCACGUACCUGCACCAGGCAGAGUCUCAGGAUUCCGUGCAGUCAGCCGGGGCCAGCAAGAAAGCAGAACGUGCGUUCGCUCAGGCGUUGGAGGUCUGUGAGAAGGUCAAGGACUCUCUCAAGCUGCCCGAGUACAUGGCCAUGAAGUGCCGGUUGUACAUGAAUCUUGGAGUAGUGUUUGAUGCCCGGGGAGAAAGUGCGCAAAGUGGAGAUGUGAUGAAAAGAGCAGUGUUGAUUGCAGAAAAGUUCAAACUGGAUGACGAACUGUAUAUGUGCCAAGAGACCUUGGCCAAUAUGUACCAGAAAGGUGAAAAUUACAGUUUGGCGCUUCGUUCACUUGAGGUGGCCUUGCGUUUGUCACGAAAACUGCGGAACAAAGUUGGAGAAAGAGAAUCACUUGUGCAGAAAGCAUUGAUUCACGUCAGCACUGGAGACUUGCUGGCCGCAAAACACAGCCUCAAGCAAGCACAUCGGCUGCGAAUCGACUCGGCAGUGAACGAGGUCAAGCUAAUCAAGGUUUUCAAGUCAGUAAACAAAAUUCAGGAUGCCUGUCAAGAUCUCGAAACAGAGUCUGAUGACAGGAAACUUGGCAAACUGCACGAAGUUAUUGCCGACAAUUUUGUAGAGCUCGGAUUGUACAAUAAGGCCGUGGAACACUACAUUCAUGUGUUGGAAUGGGCUCACUUGAUGAGCAGUGAGGAGAGAGCAGCCAUCUACGUGUCGGUGGCACAGACGUACGCUGACCUGAGGCAGUUUGACAAUGCUCUCUACUACUACCAGAGGGAGCUCGAGGAGUGGGGAGACAACCAGGAACAGGCCUGUAGAACUUACUUGAACAUGGCAGACUUAGAAGAGAAGAAAGGUUCUAAAUAUGGAGUCACUGGAAAGCUCUACAUGUCAGCAUUUGAGGCUGCACGUAAAGCUAAGCACAGAAAACUACAGAUCCAGUCCCUUGAGGCUUUGAUAGCUGUGCAGAAGAUCCACAAACAGGCCACUCAUCAGCAGGAGACGGAAAAGAAAUUGGCAAUGGUACAGAGGAAGAAAGCUCAGGAGGAUAAGAGCCUCAAUGAGGAAGACUCUUCUAUGGAUGAGGAGGAGGAGGAAAAGGAGGAAAAUAAAGGAGACCUCAGUAUUUCAGAUCUCACUGUUUCUGAGGACUCUGAUGAAGGUGGGCCAAGUUUUGUGGAGUCUGGCAGACCAAAAAAAUCAAAUAUUGCCAGGAAAAAUGAGAAAGGUGAAACUCCGCUACAUCGUGCAUGCAUCGCUGGAAACUUGAAGAAAGUCAAGACCCUAAUUUCACAGGGCCACCCUGUGAACCCACGUGACUACUGUGGCUGGCUACCUUUGCAUGAAGCCUGUAACUAUGGUUACAGGGAUAUAGUUGAGUACCUUUUGGACUGUGGAGCUUGGAUGAACGACCGUGGUGACGUCGACUGCGAGGGACUCACACCUCUGAUGGAUGCUGCAAACUGUGGGAACUUUGAUGUGGUCUCCCUGCUUGUGGACAGGGGUGCCAAUGUGCUCGCUAAAGAUGAUCAUGGCAACACAGCACUUGACAGACUUCGUAGCUGGCACGGUGCGACGGAUGAUGUGCUCAGUGCAGCAGAUACUCUGGAAUAUCAGCGUGUUCAAGCCUUGUUGCUUCGCAAAAUGGGACGUUCGGAACAGGAUAGCUCAGGGACUCCGACAAGUGGGUUCACAGCUCACAGUGUGAACGAAGAGCACAAUUUGUCUAAGAAGGUACAUGUUGGUUCGAAGCCCACCACAUCAGGAAUGAGAACAAAACCAAAGAGUUUUCGUCUGCCAGAUCUUGAGGACACCGACAGCUCUGAGGAAGAUGUGGCAUUGUUGAGGUCUCCUCCAAAAAAGACGCUUUCAAGGAAAAAACCAGUGGCAUCAACAAAGAGAAAAAAUCCAAUUGAGGAUGAAACUGUUCAGAUGGAAGACUUCUCUGACGAUGGAGAUUUUAUCUUUCCACUCUCCCCUGCUCAAGAUGAUCCUUCUACCAACCCGACCGAAGCCUACCGUUCGGCCAUCUGUGCCAUCGCCAGUUCUGCCCCCAAGCGAUUAGAGGCUGACUUUACUCAAACUGACAAGAAAAGUGACUCUUCUUCAAAUGCUCAGACAAAACGGACGGCCUUGUUAGCCGAGGAUGAGGUUGGAGAUGAUUGGUUGAUCGAAGAUCUCAAAGCCCCGAAACUGAAGCGGAAAUCGACUGCCGUGAAAGAAAUCUUGACAACUACCUCAACUAGAGCCACCGUGGCUGGCUACACUAAGAGGCGUAAAGUGACUGAUAAAGCCUCCAAAUUUUCAGAGCUUGUGAGAAGGCGGCAAAAAGCCAAAUCUGAUGGAAGAGAAGGAAGGAGGAGGCCAUCAUUUGUUGACAGCGAUGAAGAGGGCUCCCUUGAUGGAAACAGUCGCAGCAGUGACGUCGUAUCGUCGUCGGGGAUCCCACUGGAGGAAGAGGAAACAUUAGAGCCAGAGCACACUGAGCAGUACAACAUUCAAGAUGAGAAGGAGAAUUAUGUCUGGGACUCGGAUGAUGACAUCUUGUGUGAGAUUGAUCCGGUUUUUGACUACUCACUUUCAGCCAGCCAGUCAGAUGUGAGCACGCUACCUGAAGCAAAUAGACCCUCUGACAUCACUGUGACAAAUGAACCUUCCAUUCGCAUCCCUGUCUCCCAACAUACCAGCACUGAAAAUUCCUCUGUUCGUUUCACUGAGAGUCAUUUGGUUCAAAAGUCAUCCAAUAGGGAAAAUUCACACAUUGAUCGUAGGCAUUCUUUUAGUAGUAUUAGAAAUGAGGAUGGAGAUACACAUGCUAGCUGGAAGCACAACAGUGAGAGGAGUUGUGGCCAGCCCAGACAGGACACUCUUUAUACACAGAGGAUGUCUCCAGCAAUGGCGAAGGAGGUCACGCCUGAGAGGAGAAGCGAUCCUGUAGCGAGACCUGUGCUGAGGUUCAAGGUACAGGUGGAAGAUAAGACGCUCCUCAUUCCGCUGCAGGCUUCGGACAGUGAUAAGAACAUCUCCUGGCUCGCUCGUGAAGUGGGUGAGCGUUACUUCAGCAUGUAUCUACAGCGUCCAGCUCUUGCUCUCAGCACUUCUGAUGGUAUUUUACUGUGCCCUGUAGACCCCAUAUCUUCGGUAGUGGCUGACAAUGACCACCUCAAGGCAACGGUCACUCUGUGGGAGCGGCCACAGCUGGAAGAGCGCUACGCGAAGGCCUGUCAGAUGUUCUGCACAGAGGCCAACCACAGCGUGUCUGUGCGUCUCCACGACUGUGAAGCAAGUGGUCAGCUCUCCCUCAGUGACCUUGGCCUUGGUCAACAGCAGCUUCAGCCAGUCUACCGUGCUUUAGAAGGGCAAACAACUCUCACUAACCUAAGCCUGGCCGGAAACCGUCUGGGAGAUGCGGGCCUUGUUCCCCUCACGGAACUUCUCCAAGAUAUGCCCAACCUCAAAUCAUUAAACCUGGAGACAAAUGGCUUUUCAUCAAAAGGAUUAUGCACUCUCUCAAAAGCUCUAAAGAAUGGCUGCCUGCAGAGUCUUCAACAUCUCAACUUGAGCCACAACUGCCUGGGAGACUCAGCAGCUGAGUGGCUGACCAACAUUCUCAGAGAUCUCAUCUCUCUCACAGACUUCAGUGUGGCCGCGUGCAGUCUCUCGGCCAAAGUUUUUACUCCCAGCUUCUGUGACGCCCUUAGAGGACGUUCCCUAAAGCGACUGAUCUUUGCUGAGAACCAGAUUUGUGAUGAGGGAAUUGCACUGCUUUUGUCCAACUUGCAUGCUGACUCCUUGCUUGCCCUUGACCUCUCACACACAAGGUCAGAGUCCACCGCUGAACUUUCUGAAAAGUUACAGACCUUUAUCGCCUCAGAUGAAAAGUGUAGCCUCACCGAACUAAACUUGUCCGGCUGCCAUCUCGUUGCUAAUGAUGUGCUGUUCCUGAACAGGCUAGUGGCUGAGGUGUCCAGCCUGCAAAAGCUGAGCAUUUCUCAGAACCAACAGGUGACCUGCUCCAGCCUGCAGAAGUUGCUCUACCUCAGUGCGUACAGAGGAAGUGGUAUGGAAGAGCUGACGGCUCGGGGCUGUUCCAUCACUGCACCGUUAAGCUCAGAAUUCUUAGCUGCUUUCAAGGAGAAGAUGAGAAGCGCUCGUCCCCUCCGUAAAUUUGUUUUCACUUGUCGUGGUCUGGGGAAAGUGGAGGUGGAGAGUAUCCAUGGUAUGUGGACUUCUGUGUGGGGUGAGGAGGCGGUGGUGAAGGUGCUGGGUCCGUCUGUUUCUCUAUCAGUUGUGUGAGGUGGGAGAAUGUUUCUGUCAGUUGUGUGAGGUAGGAGAGUGUCUCUAUCAGUUGUGUGGAGUGGGAAAAUGUUUCUAUCAGUUGUGUAGGGUGGGAAAAUGUCCUUGUCAGUUGUUUGAGGCGGGAGAAUGUCUCUAACCAGUUGUGUGAGGUGGUAGAAUGUCUCUUUCGAGUUGUCUUAGGUGGGGGGGAAUAUCUAUGUCCGUUUGUCUGCAUCAUUUCAUCUGUCCUCACUGCCCUCGAAUUUGGUUAUUAUGAUUGCCUCUGUCCAUUUUUAUCCUUCAUUUCAUUAGCUGUAUCUACACUUGAAUUUGGUCUUUGCAAUAUAAAUAUUUUUCUUAAUUAAGGAGAAACAGAUUUUUCAUUAUACAGUGCAGUCGGUUUAAAACGAACACAGUUAAUUUUUUAAAAAGCGGUAAAGCGAAAGAAAAUAUAAUCACAGAUUAAAAAAAUAUAUAUUUGAUGAACCGCCUCUUUAAACCAAAAACCCUGCAAAACUGAAGGACAUGUAGUCAUGUAGCAGUUCUCUCAGAUUUUGAUUUAAGCGGACUCUACCACAUUUUUCUUUAAUGAAAAUCAAAUUUUUCAUCAUAUUUCUAAAGGUUAAACCUCCUUUUCAGUAAACGCUUUUAAAGAAAUAAUAUGUUUAUGUUAUAUUUUUUUUAUCUGUGAUACAUGUAACUGUAGUACAU